CGCGUCGUGAUUGGUCGGUGCACCGGCCCUCGCCAGGUUCCCGGAUGCCGGGGGGAGCCCGGGCUCAGUUGGUGGUAGCCCAGGCUCCGGCGUGACCGUCGUUCGCUCGGCUCUCGACGCCGCGGCGGGAACAACCGCAACCCGGACGCUCGAUCAGGAGCAGUUCGGGCCACAGGCAAGGCGGCAGAAAAGCAGGUGUCCACACACCCCCCUGCGUUGCUCCUCUCGAUGAACACCAGUCCAGGAGGCGCGAGCCCAACUCCGUGCUCUGACCGCAUGUGUUGCCACCACUGAGAGGCCUCCGGCGUGGCGCGCUUGUCAACGCGCCGCCCCGGCCCGCAGCGACUCGGCUAAAGCUGACGCCAGACUGGUAAAACAAAUGAGUGACAAAGAAAGAAAGAAAGAAAGAAAGAAAGAAAGAAAGAGAGAGAGAAAGAAAGAAAGAAAGAAAGAAAGAAAGAAAGAAAGAAAGAAAGAAAGAAAGAAAGAAAGGAAUAGGCCUGGGAACCAGGCAAGGCAGCUAGAACGGAACGGCGUAUAACGUUGCCGAAAGAAGAAAAUCUGCUUGAACCGGGCAUUCCACUCAGGGUCUCAUUCGCUCCCCCAAUCCUGAGGUUCCUUCUAACGAGGAGGAGGAGCCACACCGCCGGCUGCGGUACUGCCGCACGGGCCAACGUGAGACCGCCCGAGCCCGGCGCCCUGACCUAGGCCGCUGAGCGAAACCCAAGGCGCCGCGCUGGCCACUCCACGGGAACGAGAUCGGCCCCCUGGAGACGACGCGCGCCCCGGCCCACACAUCGUCGACGAUCACCACAACAAUGAACUACUUCUCUGACGCGGCGAAGAUGGUGGCCUCAUCGAAGAGAGAAAUCAUCGAAGCUUUCCACGCGACAUCCGGAGUACACGGCGCAUGCGAAUGAGCGAACAGCGCUGACCGAGACUCGCCCGUCACCAUGAGCGUACAUUCAUGGCGCUUUUGUGUCCCACUAGUGGCUCUAGCGUUUUUCUUGUUGAUUCUUCUGUCGUGUCCAUCGGCAUGGGCCGAAACGCUGCCUACGCCACCGACCCGUGGCCAGGGGGGCGUUCCGGUCGCGGCCGCGAUGCUCCUGAGGAAACAGCAAAGUUCCCGCUACCAAGAUAAAGAGGGCAAGGCAAAUUUCCGUGCUAUAGAAAAGCGGAUAUUGGACAGCAUCAUUGGCCAGGGUCGUUAUGACUGCAGGAUCCGGCCCAUGGGAAUUAACAAUACAGACGGGCCGGCUCUUGUACGCGUUAACAUCUAUAUAAGAAGUAUCAGCAGAAUUGAUGACGUCACCAUGGAGUACACAGUGCAAAUGACGUUCAGAGAGCAGUGGCGGGACGAGAGACUCCAGUACGAUGACCUGGGCGGCCAGGUACGUUACCUGACGCUCACCGAACCGGACAAGCUUUGGAAGCCGGACCUUUUCUUCUCCAACGAGAAGGAGGGACACUUCCACAACAUCAUCAUGCCCAACGUGCUUCUUCGCAUACAUCCCAACGGCGACGUUCUCUUCAGCAUCAGAAUAUCUUUGGUGCUUUCGUGUCCAAUGAACCUGAAGUUUUAUCCUUUGGAUAAACAAAUCUGCUCUAUCGUCAUGGUGAGCUAUGGGUACACAACAGAGGACCUGGUCUUCCUUUGGAAAGAGGGAGAUCCUGUACAGGUCACGAAAAAUCUCCACUUGCCACGUUUCACUCUGGAAAGGUUUCAAACCGACUACUGCACCAGUCGGACCAACACCGGCGAGUACAGCUGCUUGCGCGUGGACCUGGUGUUCAAGCGCGAGUUCAGCUACUACCUGAUCCAGAUCUACAUCCCGUGCUGCAUGCUGGUCAUCGUGUCCUGGGUGUCCUUCUGGCUCGACCCCACCUCGAUCCCGGCGCGAGUUUCGCUGGGCGUCACCACCCUGCUCACCAUGGCCACGCAGAUAUCGGGCAUCAAUGCCUCGCUGCCUCCCGUUUCCUACACCAAGGCCAUUGACGUGUGGACCGGCGUCUGUCUGACCUUCGUUUUCGGCGCGCUCCUCGAGUUCGCCCUGGUCAACUACGCCUCGCGGUCAGAUUCACACCGGCUGAACACGCAGAAGCAGAAGCAGAGGAAAUGGGAGCUCGAGCCACCCCUGGACUCGGACCACCUGGAGGACGGCGCCACCACAUUCGCCAUGGUGAGCUCCGCGGCCGGCGAGCCAGCGGGCCUGAUGGCGGCGGCCCCGCGCUCCUGGCCACCACCGCCGCUGCCGCCAAACUUGGCGGCCGGCUCCGCGCAAGCCGCCGCCGGCAAGCCGCUGGUGCACCACCACGGAGAGCUACAUGCCGAUAAGUUGCGGCAGUGCGAGGUGCACAUGAAAACCCCCAAGACGAACCUUUGCAAGGCCUGGCUUUCCAAGUUUCCCACGCGAUCCAAACGCAUCGACGUCGUCUCGCGGAUCUUCUUUCCGCUCAUGUUCGCCCUCUUCAACCUCGUCUACUGGACAACCUACCUCUUCCGGGAAGACAAGGAAGACGAGUGACUGAACACGAACGCCACGACAGCAGCAGCAGCCGCCGCCAUCCGACACCAUCGUCACAACAGACACGCACUCUGUCGCGCGCGCUCACGACAACGGGUGCGCCAGCGCCUGCCGCGCGGUGGCCGCCGAAACCCGGGAGCGGGUGGGGCUGCACCCCGUCCCGACUCCUCAUCCUCCGUGCACGCUCGAAUCGUCAUCGCCACCACAGCAGCAAACCGUGCGAAAGCGGCGGCACGAUGUCGACACCAACGCCGAGGGCUGCCAGUGGCUGCGCCUCCGACGCGUCGAAACAUCGCCACUACUGCUUCCGUUGCGACCCUCAGCCCCGUCAGCACCAGCAACGAGGAAGGGACCUUGUUUCGGGCCAUCCCUUGGCUACUGUUGUUUUCGCACGAAAGAUCAUUACGCAGCUGAUGCUGAAGUGCAAUGGGGGGAGGGAGGGGAGGGAGAAAUGAGAGCGGGAGGGUGAGAAAGAAACAAGUAAGCUAAAGUUGUCGAUGGCGAGAUGUUAUGUCCGAUUACCGUACAAUUGGUUGUUGCAUUCAGAGUUUGUGUAUACGAAAGGAGUUUAUACGUGAACUGUUCCAUUGGGACAAUGUUCGAACACAGACGUGCCUCUCGUGUGUGCCAUGCGCCGGUCUGCUUCUGUAACCGCAGCUAUCACUCAUGCCGAUGGAAAAGAAAAUCUGCGCACCUUCAGAACUGGUGCUUUCGUCAUCUCGUCGUUGUGAGGCUUCCGUAGUAAAUCGAUACUAUUCUACCCCGUCGGCUUUUCUAUGCUGAGCCGCUAGGGGGUGAGGCGCGGUUGAGUGUAGGAAACUACGAACGGACGCAGACGCUUUGGUAACACACGAGAGGGACGUUCCGGGCAGGCGCUUCAAGGCUAGCGCCAAGGAUCAUGGGUAUUGUAAGCGAAGUUGCUGCGAUCCAUACAAUGUAUGAACUUCUCCCAAAGUCGUAGUGAUCGAUCUAGCUAGUCAGAGCGUACGUAGGGAUGCGGAGAGUGUGUUCUUUGACGCUUGCAUAUCCAACCCCUGUCCCAUGCGUACCCUCCCUAACUCUUCUCCUCCCUAAGCAAGCUGACUGUCAUUAUAGAGGGUCAAGUGUUUAUACCGCAUGUUUCUAGAGAGACAGGAAGCUUACGUACGUUCUCAGUGUUGAAAAAAGUUUAAUUUCCGCAACGCUCUAUGGUAGUGCCGUCCCACACAGGAAAACAUCGUCGCUAUAUCAGCGACGCACCAAGAACUUCGUCACGCUCUCUGUUUGCUUCGGGAACCUGGGAACCUACACUGAGAUGUGAUCAGCCUUUGUUUCGAGUAAAGAAGUGAUGUUGCAAACAUUGGGGCUUGGAGCGUUGAUGUGUCAACUGCAAAAAGGACGACGGCGAAAGCAGUGUGCGCACGAGGCGUUUUAAGUUGUGUCACUUGCGUGAAUGACAUGUGAGCACUCGUCUUGACAGUGUGUACAUUGAUAUUCUCUCGUGUCUCUCAAGGUGUUCGUUGUGGGGGAAAGGGGUCCGGGCACCGCCUCCGGUCCUCCUUUCCCGGACUCUGGGCUGCAAUAGCUCUCGCGACACUUCACUGUGUACCUCUGAGCAGUGCCUCAGUUCGGCUUCGACUCUUGUCUUUUUCUCUCUCUCUCCUUUUUUAUGUGUACGCCGAGGAAAUGUAGGCCGCUGCGGGUCGACGGUCUGACGGCGUCGACCCGUUUGUGUUUCGUGUGCAAGCGCGCUCCGCCGAGUCUUCCACCGUGUGUGUGAUGGCUGUGGAGGGCCCCAGGGGGGUCUAGGAUGGGUGUCCGUGGGGAGAAGGGGCUACAGAGACUACCGUUUAUCCUGGUUAUCCUUUCCAAGGGUAUCGCAGCCAGCUGACCGCGAAGUCUUGUAGGCAACAACUUACCGCCCUUAUCACUGUGCUUUCGCGAACAAAUACCGGCUGCUGUCAGGUGUACGUUUCAUCAUUUGAGGCAAAGGACAGAGCGCACGGGUGUCGACUCGCCUGCGGGUCUUGGAAAUGACCGAAACACUGUUACUCUGAGACAUUAAAGCGAAAGAGAAAACAAAUUGUGUCGAAGAACCAUAGCUGUGGAGGGGGAGGGGACGAAUCUUUGCGUAAGCGGGGUACUGUUAGCCUGAGUUUGUUACCUUUACAUACACCCUAACGCUACCUAAGUCCGGGAUAUUUAGUGCGUUCAACGUACGAUGGACAGGAAGUGGCUCAAAAUAAGAUCUAUGACCACGAGCUUGAGCAUUCGAUGAAUAAGGCGUUGACUACUGGGCAUUGCCAGGCACCAACGGAAACGGCUGUGUCACCGCCCUAGCAGGAUGUUGUGUGCGCCCCCUUUCCAAAAAAGCCAACAUAUCGCGACAGUUCUGUCCGACACAUACGGUGGAAAACGUGUUGCUCGGCGGCUCCGGUUAUGCGUGAGGCCGACGAUAGGGUCGCGGCCUCGAGACACUGGCAAAAAAAAAAAAAUGUUGCUUCCAAGCCGAUCGUCUAGGCAAGUCCUUCACGAGGCUACCCACUUGAAAGUAGCUACACCGCGUAACUAUAAACACUGCGCCCCUUUACCCUCGAAGGUCGUCUUCGUCGCUUUGCUGUUACACCGUGCGCGGUGCUUGUUUGUGAACUUUUAUUUUUCAGUUGAAAAGCGCCUCCGCACCGGGACCUCGUCUUGGAGUCGCUCUUUGAGAUACCACCUUCUUCCUCACAUACGCACUUACCCUCAAACUAAAAGCGUGGACGGGAAACAUGGCGAGCCAGGCCUUUGAAAUGCGGGGCGACACCGAUGCGACGCGUUGUCCCACGUGUGCGGAGGGCGCUUUGCAAAAAAAAAAUCAAGAAGCGUGCAUCUAUGCAUGUAUAUAGCAUGCACGUGGAGACGCCGGUGUACACAGGCGUGCACACAAAUGUUUGUUUGUACAGCGUGGGGCGCAAGGUCACCCUGCUGCUCGUUCUCGUCUCGGUUCAAAUCCCCACGCGACGUUUCGUGCCCUGAAAUUUUUCCGCCAUUUGGGAACAGUGCCCAAGAAAAGUUAAUACAACAAUGGUAACUUAUCAUUGCCACAAUGAAGACCGGCGCAUGCAGUUCCUACGGAUCCUUUCUGUAGUCCAGCUGAUAUUAUUCCAGCCAGUUGACGCUGGUUUGCUGUAGCUGGACAUGCUUACAUCCUUGAUACUGCCACAUUGCGGCCGAUAUGAUGAGUAUUUACCUGAAUUCACUCGCCUAAUUGGAGGAAUUGUGAGUAGCUAUUCAAGAAUAUGCGAAGUACAUUGUGUAGCUAAGCUACAGAGUUGUCAUAACUUUAUUUCUAUAUCCUUAGUCCAUGGGUAAUCUAUUCUUCCACUGGUAAAUCAGGUGUGAUGCAGUCACCAACAAAAAAGGAACUCUGUCCUGGGAAAUUUCAAAGCACUACGCGCGAAUUCUGUCUCUUAAGAGAUUAAAGAACGAAGUGGCUUCGGGCAUUAUGUAUCCGUGUACAUACAAGUGACGUUAACUUUUUGGUGAGUCAUGUAUCCUCUUGUGCUUUGUCUUGACACGAGCAAGUACAUUCACCCACAGUUAAGGAGACUGACGUGUAGGGAAGCAAAAAGUAAGUCCGUACUUCGUAUCGCAGGGUCCACAGUCACCGUUGUACAUAGAUGCGUAGAUCGGUAUGUGCUUACGUAUGUGCUUGUCUAAACUGGCUUCGCUGUACAUAUGGUUCAAGUGUUUCAUAGUGAAUUGGUGUUUUCUUACGUGCACCUGAGCUGUCUGUAAAAAGUGGUCAAAGUGAACGUUUGUUGUUUGCCAGGCAGAAGUCGUGUGCUUUCGCUCGUGUAUUCAUUUCCCCGAGGAUGAAUUUCGAUAACUUAACCUCAUGCGACACGAGAAGCUCAUUAGCCAAAUCAAAUUCCUAGUUAUCAAAUGUUGGUAAUGCUAACGCGUCGUAAAUUUAUGAAGGAUGUAGCGCAGUAAAAAAAAAAAGAACGCAAAUUGCUUAAAGCCCUGCAGUAUUUUUUUAUAAUUCCAUUUUAGCUUCGAAGUAGACUAACAGUCGCUUCAUCGAUGCGUACUGAAUGUAACUGCUGCUGUGUGAGCGUUAAUCAUUUCAUUCAGGAGGAAAGCAGUGCAAAAGAAGUCAACAAGAAGUCAUCAGUUUAGACUUCUGCUUUAAGUUCACGGGCGACAGCACACGGUUUUUCGCCUGCUUGCGCAGUCAUUUUGUGUGCGAAGGAGUGUUAGCAGACGCAAGUUUCAUGUUCGGGCUGCUUUUGUGCUCUUUUGCCUGCUGGCGAUUCCGUAAGAAUGCACUGUGCCAAAGGCUGCUCACAUCUCAGUGUCCGUACCGUACGACAGGCCCAGUUUGUACUGAGGCUGUUGUCGAGAUAGUUUGUGCUCGAGCUUUUUUGUUCGUGUUCUUCUACUUCUUUUCACGACUGUGUUUGGGUUGAAAGUGUGGCUUUUGUGUCUGCACCCACGCACCACCCCAGUGCUGAGUGUAUUCAGAGUCAGUGCAGUAUCGCCCCCCCAGUAGGUCAUGCAUGAUUUGCCACCGAGUUUGAUAGCGCUUCUGUCAAAGAAUCAAAACGACGAAACACAGACUCGAGUGUUUCUCUUGUACAGUCUGAGUUGGUCCCGUUUCUAGCAUGUACACGCGCGGUCAGCACGCAGAUAUUCUAUCGACGAAACAUGGCUACUGUUAAUAAUAAAAACGAACGAAAAGACCGAUUUCGUUAUGUAUAUCUCCCCUAUAGGCAUAAUAUCGUCGAAUGUAACUACGAAAGUUUUGGGCGGCGAAAGUUCUCGCCGUGAACUUCACUUGAUCUGUGACGUACAUAGAGACAUAAUUUGUUAGGUGCAAGCAAAACAUUUUGACGUAUAACUAAAGAAAAACGUACGCUUUAUCGAGUGACAUGAAUGCUCAAUGAAGGAAGUUUGCUGCUCA